AUGGCCCACAAUGGGAGAGGGCAGCAUGUUCAAACCGGCUUCCACUUUAAGGAUAGCCUACUCUUCCGUCCCUAUGCUCCUCUGAGACCACUCUUGGAUCACGAAGAGGACGGAACUUUGGACCUCGUGCUCAAGACAUGUUUCUUCCAUAGGAACCGACCGGGCGGUACUAUGAGUAAUAUUUUGGACUGUCUGCCGGAAGGGGAAGAGGUCGAAGUCAAGAGUCCAUCGGGUGCGAUCCACGACCAAGGCCACGGCUGCUUCUCUAUCAAUGACGAGACAUAUACCUUCGACGAAGUUUCUUUAAUUCUGGGAGGAUCCAGCGUUACGCCAGGAUACUGGAUUAUUGCACGAUUUUUGGGAGACAAAAGUGACAAGACUAAACUUCGAGUAAUGGGCGCCAGCACGUCAGAGAACGAUGGACUGAUGAAAGACGAGCUUGAGUAA